ACUCGCGCGAGACGGAGAUAGUAUUCUCGCGAGAAGUCUGGGAGGCGGCAGUGAUGGCGGCGGCGGGAACCGGACCCGGACCCGGAGUGGGUACAGGACCCAGCCCCGCGGCGGCCGCAAAUGCAACAGCGGCGGAGGAAGGAGAGCCGAAGCCGGUGGUAGCGGUAGCAGCCGCUCCGGCCGGAGAGGGAACAUCUGCUGCUCCAGCAGCAGAGCCCGGUUGCGGAGAGGCCGAAAGCGGGGAUGCAAACUCCGUUGAUGUAAGUGGUGGUUUGGAGACAGAAUCCUCUAAUGGAAAAGAUACACUAGAAGGUGCUGGGGAUACUUCAGAGGUGAUGGACACUCAGACGGGCUCUGUGGAUGAAGAGAACGGCCGACAGUUGGGAGAGGUAGAGCUGCAGUGUGGGAUAUGUACAAAAUGGUUCACAGCAGACACCUUUGGCAUAGAUACCUCAUCCUGCCUACCUUUCAUGACCAACUACAGUUUUCACUGUAAUGUGUGCCAUCAUAGUGGGAAUACCUAUUUCCUCCGGAAGCAAGCAAACUUGAAGGAAAUGUGCCUUAGUGCUUUGGCCAACCUAACGUGGCAGUCCCGAACACAGGAUGAACAUCCAAAAACCAUGUUCUCCAAAGAUAAGGAUAUCAUACCCUUUAUUGAUAAACACUGGGAGUGCAUGACGACCAGACAGAGACCUGGAAAAAUGACUUGGCCAAAUAACAUUGUUAAAACGAUGAGUAAAGAAAGAGAUGUAUUCUUGGUAAAGGAACACCCUGAUCCAGGGAGUAAGGACCCAGAAGAAGAUUACCCCAAAUUUGGACUUCUGGAUCAGGAUCUUAGUAACAUUGGUCCUGCUUAUGACAAUCAAAAACAAAGCAGUGUUGUGUCUACCAGUGGGAAUCUAAAUGGGGGAAUUGCAGCAGGAAGCAGUGGAAAAGGAAGAGGAGCUAAGCGCAAACAGCAGGAUGGAGGGACCACAGGGACCACCAAGAAGGCCCGGAGUGACCCUUUGUUUUCUGCUCAGCGCCUUCCCCCACAUGGCUACCCGUUGGAACACCCGUUUAAUAAAGAUGGCUAUCGGUAUAUUCUCGCUGAGCCUGAUCCCCAUGCCCCUGAUCCUGAGAAGCUUGAACUUGACUGCUGGGCAGGAAAGCCUAUUCCUGGAGACCUCUACAGAGCCUGCUUGUAUGAACGGGUUUUGUUAGCCUUACAUGAUCGAGCUCCCCAGUUAAAGAUCUCUGAUGACCGGCUGACCGUGGUUGGAGAGAAGGGCUACUCCAUGGUUCGGGCUUCUCAUGGGGUACGGAAAGGUGCCUGGUACUUCGAAAUCACAGUGGAUGAGAUGCCGCCGGACACUGCUGCCAGACUGGGUUGGUCCCAGCCGUUAGGUAACCUUCAAGCUCCCUUAGGUUAUGAUAAAUUUAGCUAUUCUUGGCGGAGCAAAAAGGGAACCAAGUUCCACCAGUCCAUUGGCAAACACUACUCUUCUGGCUAUGGACAGGGAGACGUCCUGGGAUUUUAUAUCAAUCUUCCUGAAGAUACAGAGACAGCCAAGUCACUACCCGAUACUUACAAAGAUAAGGCUUUGAUAAAGUUCAAGAGUUAUUUGUAUUUUGAGGAAAAAGACUUUGUGGAUAAAGCAGAGAAGAGCCUAAAGCAGACUCCCCAUAGUGAGAUAAUAUUUUAUAAAAAUGGUGUCAAUCAAGGUGUGGCUUACAAAGAUAUUUUUGAGGGGGUUUACUUUCCAGCCAUCUCACUGUACAAGAGCUGCACGGUUUCCAUUAACUUUGGACCGUGCUUCAAGUAUCCUCCAAAGGAUCUCACUUAUCGCCCUAUGAGUGACAUGGGCUGGGGUGCUGUGGUAGAACAUACUCUGGCUGAUGUCUUAUAUCAUGUGGAAACAGAAGUGGAUGGGAGGCGGAGUCCCCCAUGGGAACCCUGACCAGGUCCCUCUUUCUUUGCAUAUGUGGACUUUCUGGGGAAUAAUCCUGGGGUGAGGGGAUUGGUGUGGUUUUUUAACUGUUGCAAAUGUUCUCCCGAAGAUACUGUAGAACACAGCCUCUGCUGUUAGCAAGUUGAAAGGCUGGGUGGGACUGGAACAGACUCCCUGCCCUUCCACACUCUCCCCACUCCUGGUGACUGCUUUUAUUUUGUGUGCCAUAUGCCAACAACUGCUGACCCUAGGAUCCCAUAAGCUCUUUGUGAAACUGGUGCUUUACCACGUACCCCACCAACUGGGACUUGUUACCUUACUGUACUUUCUAAGGAGUGAAACAAUCUUGUCCAAGUAGCUAACUUAUUUAAAGACAUUUCCUUCUUUGAGCGUUGAGUCCAUCCCACCUGAUUUCUAAGAAAGUGGUGGGCCUGUUUCUGAGAACAACUGAAAUCAAUGGCUGUACAUUCCAAACCAGUCUAAAAGCUUUUUCCUUUGGUGUGGAUUUGUUUUUGUUAUUAAUUUUGAAAUAUACUUUUGAACACUGGGAUCUCUGAAACUACUAGGUCUCUAGAACUGUUCUAAUUUGAAAGGAAUUUCCUUGCAGCUUUAACAAUUAGAAACUCUUCCCAAAUAAAACUUGUCUUCAAGUGUGUGUGGCACUUUGCUUCCCUUUCAGGUUGCAGUUGGUGUCACCUUUCUUGGUGACAGUGUCAGAAAUGUGGGCAAUCUGAGGACAGGGAGCCAGCAUUGGAGGAAAGAGACAGAGUUCUGACUCAUAUCUCAACCCCUCUCCUAUUGCUUCCAUUGUCUCCAGCCAACUCAACCACCCUCAUUAUCCUGUGAAGAUCGGACUCUCAAGGAGGUGAACAGGAGUUUAAGAGUCUCCCUCCUGCUUUUCCUUUGAAUAUGUAUGUUGAUAUGUGCAGGUUGUUUUCCUGCCUUGCUUAUCUUCCUUUGUAAUAGCUGAUGAUUAAAGGGCAGUUUUCAGAAUACUCAAAACUGGGAUGUGAUAAUGAGCCUUCCCUUGAGAUCUCUUUGUGGCUUCCGUAUCUCCCUUUUUAAUACAUCAGUGGCUAUGCCGCCCUCCCAGGAUCGCCCCAGAGACUUCCCUGCAUAUAACUUUCUGCCUAGGUUAAUAGGUAGAGUGGUUCACCUCGAGGUAGGUUAAAUGUUGCCAAGAAUCACCAUAUAUUAUGUGUGUUUAAGAAAUUUCCCAAAUUUAAAGUGACUAUUGGUAUCUUAACACAGUAGCUUUGACUAAUAUAUUUGUCUCUUAAUGAAUCACCCAGGUUCUUUGUUUUGGCCAUUCCACAUCUCUUAACAGGAAAUCUAACAGAAUCAGUAUGAUCGUAGGCUGAAGUCUCUACCUGUCACCCCUGGACGCCUAUUCAUUCGUUUCUGGUCUUAAAGGGCAGACUUGGUUAUAAAGCUUUUGGAUCAUCAGAGUUUGAAGAACUCUAAGAAAAUGAGGGUGGUGUUAUUUAGAGGAAGCUGGAGGUAAAUUCUUUGUAAUAUAAAUUACCACAUAUGUAAGUUGUACACCCACUCUUCAUUUGAAUGAUAAAAUUAGGUUUUUGUACAUUUGGCUUUCA